AUGUCGACGACUCCCAGAUCCUCCACCCCAACAGUCUUUGAGCAGCAGCGAGAGGAACUGGUUCGGGAAAUUGCAGUGGGCAUGGAGCAAGUACUCCAAAACAUCAACCGGUUAAAUCGCAACCUAGAAAGUAUCAUCGCAGUUGGCAAUGAGUUCAGCUCCGUCGAAGCUCUCUGGUCACAGUUUGAGAAUUUCAUGGGCCGGCCGGAGGAAAAUGACCAAGCCGGCUCGAGGCAGAACGAAGGACCUCACGCUUCGGAGGGCGACAGGGAUGCUCAAGAUCAGACAUUCGAUGAGGGAGACUCCACGAGUCACUAA